AUAGUAAGUAAGAACGUAUGUAAAAUAAAUAAUAAUGUAAUAUAUUUAUGUUUUUAUGGAUUUGUGAAGUGGGGUGGUUGCGUGUGCGUGUUAUUUCCGCUUUUUAUCAAUUUACGUGUUCUUAUCAAGUCGUAGUUAAUGAUUAWUAUUGUUAUAACUUUAUAAGAUAUUAUAUCUUUCAUUUAUGUAUAUAUAUAUUUGAUAAUACCUGUAUAAAUAUUACGUAUUUAYGUGAAUAUGAGCACACACUCAUACGCCCGCACGUAAAUCAUAAACGCACACAUAAAUUAUACAUACAUGUAAUAUUAAAAAAAAAACCAUUUACCUAUUUUACCAACAAUUUCUAUUGUUUGAACCAUUCAUGACUAAUUAGUGAUACCGUUGUUCCUAUUUCCAUUUUACGUUACGUUAACGUGCACACGAAUACUCGAUACGAUGAUCAAACAAAGUUAAUAAGCUUCUCGAUUCUGAGAAAUCCAUUGAUGUUUAUGUCUGAAGUUUGCUAUGUAACAGUAGAUCGAACGGAAUGUUCGGUGUUACCCAUCGUAAUAAAAGCUAUUGCUAGUAAUUUUAUUUAAUUUUUCUUGAUUCACUAGUAUUUUGUGCUAUGGAAGACUAUAAAUUCUUAUUUAAAGUAGUACUAGUUGGUAAUGCUGGUGUCGGCAAAACUUGUUUGGUCCGUCGAUUUACUCAGGGAAUGUUUCCUCMGGGCCAAGGCGCAACAAUAGGAGUGGAUUUUAUGAUAAAAACAAUUGAAAUAGACAAUGAAAAAGUCAAACUCCAAAUUUGGGACACUGCAGGACAAGAAAGAUUCCGUUCAAUAACUCAAAGUUAUUAUCGAUCUGCACAUGCUCUAAUAUUAAUUUAUGACAUAACAUCCCAGCCAACAUUUGAUUGCCUUAAUGAUUGGCUUCGUGAAAUUGAUGAAUAUGCUAAUAACAGAGUACUAAGGGUUUUAGUUGGUAACAAAAUAGACAAAGAAGACCGUGAAAUUCCUUCUCAUGUAGGUCAAGACUUUGCUCAAAGACAUGAUAUGCGCUAUUUAGAAACAUCGGCAAAACAAGCUGACAAUGUAGAAAAAUUAUUUGUUCAAAUUGCUUCAGAAUUGAUGGAGCAAGCUAAAUCCAAAGGAAUAUCUUCAGACAGUCCACAGUCUCUACCAUUCAACACUAGAACUUCUAAAUCCAUCAAUGAUUACUGUUGUAAUCGUUGAAAACGUAAUAAUCAGUAUUAUUUUUAUUAUUGUCAUUAAUAUUUAACUGAGCUUAUCACAGGGUAAAUUGUAAUCAAACUAUACUUUACCUAAAAUCAGUUAGAUAAUAAUGCUUUUAACAAAAAAAAGUUACCUAAUAGUAACAUGAUGAGCAAAAAUAAUUAGUAUUAUAGUUCUAACAUCAAUUGAGUUAUUGUUUUAUUUAUUGAUAUUUUUAUGUUUCAUGGUUGUACAAACUACAAGGUGUUGGGAUACAAAUAAAAUGAAUUGUAUCCAAAAUAAAUGUGCUCAAAUAUAUUAUCAUCUAUUUGAAUUUAACUUGAUAACACUAUUAAUCUGUAUUUUGAUCAAAAUUAAUUGUGUUUACAAUAUCAAUGUUCAUUAAACAAUAAUAAUGUUUCAAGUAUUAUUAAACCACAUUUCUCAUUAUUCAACCAAAACUCUGCUAGUAUUGUUUGUUUUAAUAUUUUAUGUAAUUUGUUUAUUUUAACUUUUAACACUUUUAAAAUAUGUUUGAUUAAGUUUUUACCUUUAAAUUGAAUAUAAUUGUUUUUAUUAAAUAAACAUAUGACCCUUAAUAAUGUAUGUUUUGGU